GAGUGCAUGAGUCCCAAUUUUAGAACCUGCUGCUCGCACACAGAAACCCGCGGUCAAGCAGCACACUACACUGCACUCCAUGCACAGUGCGCACCUUGGCCCUUGCGUGUCCUGAAAUAAUUGGCUAUAAGAUUUACGUGUCACCUCAGUAACAAGGGUGCGCACGGAUACCCCCAGUACUCGUUAGCAUACCGACUCUAUAUUAUUUCGAUUUCCCACUGCCCAUUCCAACUCCCUUGCUGCUAAACCCACAACUAACGUCACAACCAUCCAUCCAACCACACCUCACAAUCACAUACAUUUGGCUCUACUUAUUUCUAUUCCUCAAUCUCUAAGCUCUCAUUCCUCAAAUCAGCGUCUUAGUUUCAGCGUUUGUAUUUAAAUACCUCUUCUCAAAUUCAUAGAAACCGCGCUUUGAAUCCGUGGUUUUCAGGUACUCAAUCGCCGUUUGUUUUCCACGGUGGUUUUCACUUUUCAGAUUCGGAAAGAGUAGAAUGCAAUUAGUUCAUUUACUACUAUAUCAUGCAUGGUUUAUAAUGGAAUUGGUUACGCACGCAUAAAUCGAAUAAUAUUUGCAUUGAGGUUGAAGUUGAGAAGGAAGAAGAAGAAGAAGAACCAGGAGGGAGAGUAGUUAGGGUUAUUGGAGUGCACGUGAGUGAGUGUGAGGAGCGAGAGGCUCGUGAGCGUGGGGAACGAGUGGUUGUGAGUGAAAAUGCCUCACAGAACCACUUACUUUUUCCCGCGCCAGUUUCCUGAGCGAGGUUUGGAUGAAUCUUCCAAACAGCUAUUAGAUCACGAGAAAAAGAAAAUCGUCAACUCAAUCAAAUCUGAAACCUAUGCCGUUGAAAGCGACACUCAUAAAAAGUCACUUUCACCGAGCAAGGACGACGUCGUUCUCUCAUCGGGGAAACACUCCGCCGUUUCCGACCUCUUCGCCGCCGGCGACAAGUUCCGAACCAAGCACAAGCCGAUUGCGGCUUUCUGCGACUGGUUGAUCGACAAGAAAGCCAACCACUCCGGCCACCAUCACCACCACCACCACCACCACCACCACCAUCAUCAACUCAAGCCUUACGUUGAGGAAGACCAUGACCUCCUUCUUCCACCGCCGGCGCCGGAGACCGCCGUGAAGGACGCCGCCCUCGACCAAAGCUUCGACCGGCAGGUUUCGCUUCCGCGGCUCUCGAGCGGGAGUAGCUAUGCUGGAAGCUUGUUUUCGGGGACGACGUUGGAUUGCAACUUUUCGAGCGACAUUAAGGAGGAAACGUCGUCGUCUCGCAUCUCCACCAAAACGAUCACAACUAUCCCUGCUCCGAGGCAGAAGGAGGAUGAAGAAGAGGAACAAAGCAAAGAGAAGUUGGCGAAGAAGUCCAAAGAAAGUUACAUCUUGCAGCUCACGUUAGCGAAGAGACUCACUUGCUUGGCCAGCCUCGUAACCGAACCUGUUCUCACCCCAGGAACCGAAACAUGGGAUGCUGAAUCUGUUUCUUAUCGUCUUUGGGUGAGUGGGUGUUUGUCGUACACAGAUAAGAUAUCUGAUGGGUUUUAUAACAUAUUGGGGAUGAAUCCGUAUCUGUGGGUGAUGUGCAAUGAUGUGGAAGAAGGUAGAAGGAUACCGACUUUGAUGGCGCUUAAAGCUGUUGAACCAAGCGAGACUUCUAUGGAGGUGGUGCUUAUUGAUAGACACGAGGACUCUCGACUCAAGCUGCUUCAAGAUAAAGCGCAAGAGUUGUAUUGUGCUUCCGAGAACACUUUGGUGUUGGUGGAACAGCUAGGAAAACUAGUUGCCAUUUAUAUGGGGGGUACGUUCCCAGUGGAGCAAGGAGAUCUUCACAAGCGCUGGAAAUUGGUGAGUAAGAAGUUGAGGAAUUUUCACAAGUGUGUUGUGCUUCCUAUUGGUAGCCUAUCUACCGGGCUUUGUAGGCACCGGGCAAUUCUCUUCAAGAGAUUGGCAGAUUAUAUAGGUUUGCCUUGUCGCAUAGCUCGUGGUUGCAAGUAUUGUGUUGCAGAUCAUAGAUCCUCCUGCCUAGUCAAGAUUAAAGAUGACAAGCAGCUCUCAAGGGAAUAUGUGGUCGACCUAGUUGGGGAUCCAGGAAAUGUCCACGGGCCAGAUUCCUCAAUUAAUGGAGCAUAUGUUUCUUCAAUGCCUUCUCCAUUUCAAAUUUCUCAUUUGAAAGAAUCACAAUCACCUUAUAUGGAUGAUGCAGCAAGUUCUCAAUCUCUAAGUUUCAAUCACGGAUCUGUUAAUCCUGAAAGUCUUCCAUAUUCAGGCUGUGGACAGAAUGAUCAACAAGUUAAGGAAUCCGAUUUACUGAUAAAUCAGAAGGGUUCAGUUUACGCUUCAGUUGAUCAAAUCUUUGAAGGAACAGAACCUUCUCUAAUUUCUUUUGGUUUAAAAAGGAAUGAGGAGGAGUGUGAAGUUCUAAGUUCAGUUUUGCCUACCAUCCAUGAAGAUGUUUCUAAAGGUCUUCAUACUGCCAUUGAAGAAGCAUCAUUACAUGAAUAUCAGAGGCUUAGUGAAGAUUCAAUUAUAGUACAAGAAACUUCCAACAGUGACAUCAUUGUAACUGGAAGUUCUGUUGUAAAAAGUGCUUUCAAGCAAUCUGUACUUACUUCAUCCAGCCAGUCCGAACUGAAAGACAAUAGAAUAGAAAACCAGGGUUGUUUACCUGCUGGGAAUAUUCCAAGAUAUGUAAAUCUUGAACCAUCACUUGCAAUGGACUGGCUUGAGAUUUCAUGGGAUGAUUUACGAAUUAAAGAGCGAGUUGGUGCUGGCUCAUUUGGGACGGUGCACCGUGCUGAAUGGCAUGGAUCAGAUGUUGCAGUCAAGGUUUUAACAGUUCAAGAUUUCCAUGAUGAUCAGUUGAAGGAGUUUCUGAGAGAGGUUGCAAUAAUGAAACGUGUUCGUCAUCCAAAUGUGGUGCUCUUCAUGGGUGCAGUUACAAAACGCCCCCAUCUAUCUAUAGUGACAGAGUAUUUGCCUAGGGGUAGUUUAUACCGCCUGAUACACAGGCCAGCAUCUGGUGAAAUUCUGGAUAAUAGGAGAAGAUUACGGAUGGCUUUGGAUGUGGCUAAAGGGAUCAAUUAUCUCCACUGUUUGAAACCUCCAAUUGUGCACUGGGAUCUCAAAUCCCCAAACUUGUUGGUGGAUAAAAAUUGGACUGUGAAGGUUUGUGAUUUUGGACUGUCCAGAUUUAAGGCAAACACUUUCAUACCAUCAAAAUCUGUUGCCGGAACACCUGAGUGGAUGGCUCCUGAAUUUCUUCGUGGGGAACCUUCCAAUGAGAAAUCUGAUGUAUACAGUUUUGGAGUUAUCCUGUGGGAACUUGUGACCAUGGAACAACCAUGGAGUGGACUUAGCCCUGCUCAGGUGGUUGGAGCUGUUGCUUUCCAGAAUAGGAGGCUUACUAUCCCUCCAAACAUUUCCCCAGCAUUGGCCUCUCUCAUGGAAUCUUGUUGGGCUGAUGACCCUAGUGAACGCCCAUCUUUCGCUGGCAUAGUUGAGUCACUAAAGAAGUUGCUGAAGUCUCCAGCAGAGGUGAUAAAAAUGGGAGAUACAUAAGGAUUUGCAGCCCAUAAUUGGUCUUUCUUGUCCUUGAAGUUGUUGCUGUUUUAUGGAAACGUUAAUCAACAAGUAACCCGGCCCUUGGUGGUCAUGUAUUCUCUGAUUGACGGAACCCUUGGUUGUCUGCAACUGUAUAUUGGAUGCUUCUUGCGCUAACGCAUUUCAGGAGGGCACUGAAAGGCAUCUAGUCAAAGUGGUAACUUCAAUGGUGCUUGUAGGUGUUGUGCCUGUAUCGUAUGGGGUUCCCGAGUUUCUGAAUAUACUUAUAAAUAAACUCGUGACCUCAAGCUCUUUUAUAGAUAGCUUGAAGUCAAAAUAUUUGAGGACAUAUGUUAUGUAACAUUUCUGCUUAUUCAUUGUCAAAGUGCUAUACCGAUUAAGUUAUAUAUAAUUGUCGUAUUAAUU